AUGUCGUCCUGGAAGCAACCUCUAACCUUUUGGGAGAAGGUGCAGGAGGCAUGGAACAGAUUGAUUGUCUAUAAGACUCUCCUUUCUGUUUCCAUUACAGCUGCCUUUCGAGGCAAGGAUGGCGCCAAGCAGUACAAGGUCCAUGUGCUCAACGCUGUAACGCGCAAAGUUUGUGUCACCUUCACAGAGAGACAAUUGCAGCUCCAGGACACCCCUACCGAUGAAGUAUACAGACAGUUCAUGGCCAGCCGAGGUCUCCAGCCGCAGACUGUGCCUCUCAACCACGGCGCUAAAGGUCACUGGAUUGGCAACAGAAAUGCCAAAAAUGUCAUUGUCUACUAUCAUGGAGGCGGAUUCUUUCUGUUUGGUCGUCCCCAUCAUUACCAGCUACUAGCACAUAUACUUAACCGCCUGAACGAAGCUGGCCAUGACGAUCUUGCUAUCUUCUUUCUCAGCUACUCUCUUAUGCCGCACGCUGUUUAUCCCGUUCAACUUCGCCAGUCUGUUGAAGCCCUCCGCUACAUCCUCACCGAGACAGGCCGCUCCCCAGCCAACAUCUUCCUGGGUGGUGAUUCCGCUGGUGGAAACCUCUCUCUAGCUGUGCUUUUGCACCUCACCCAUCCACACCCUGAGAUCGAGCCUCUCAGUAUCUCCCAACCCUUGGCAGGUGUAUUUGGCUGCGCACCGUGGAUCAGUUACAAGAUGGACGGCCAUAGUUUCCGGGAAAACGCUUACAAGGAUGCCCUCUCUAAGGAGAUUCUCGACCGUUGGUCUAAUCAGUACCUGGCGGGUAAGGAAGGUGACCCUUGGAGUGAGCCAGCUCGAGCUCCCAUGGAUUGGUGGGAGGGAUUAAAAGCAGAAGAUUUCCUAAUGACUGCCGGGAGAGAUGAGAUUUUACUCUCUCCAAUCAAUGAGUUUGUGGAGAGAUUCAAGAAAGUCGUACCCAAUACUGUUUAUGUUGUGGCACAAGACGAAACCCAUGACUCGGCUGUCUUCGCUGCAGAUAUAGUUGGCUAUGAUACUCAGCAGACCCAGGCAAUCAUUAAUUGGUUAGGUGCUCGGCUGUGA